UGAUGUUAAGCGCGGCUACCGCGGACAGCCCGAGGUAGCCCGAUGAUGGAUUUUGAUGAGCGCGGUCCCUGCUCCUCUAACAUGUAUUUGCCAAACUGUACUUACUACGUCUCGGGUCCAGAUUUCUCCAGCCUCCCUUCUUUUCUACCCCAGACCCCGUCUUCGCGCCCAAUGACAUAUUCCUACUCCUCCAACCUGCCCCAGGUCCAACCCGUGCGCGAGGUGACCUUCCGGGAGUACGCCAUUGAGCCCGCCACUAAAUGGCACCCCCGCGGCAACCUGGCCCACUGCUACUCCGCCGAGGAGCUCGUGCACAGAGACUGCCUGCAGGCGCCCAGCGCGGCCGGCGUGCCCGGCGACGUGCUGGCCAAGAGCUCGGCCAACGUCUACCACCACCCCACCCCCGCCGUCUCGUCCAAUUUCUAUAGCACGGUGGGCAGGAACGGCGUCCUGCCGCAGGCCUUCGACCAGUUUUUCGAGACGGCCUACGGCACCCCGGAAAACCUCGCCUCCUCCUCCGACUACCCCGGGGACAAGAGCGCCGAGAAAGGGCCCCCGGCGGCGGCGGCGGCGGCGGCGACCUCCGCGGCGGCGGCGGCGGCCACGGGCGCGCCGGCAACUUCAAGUUCGGACGGCGGCGGCGGCGGCGGCGGCGGCGGCGGCGGCUGCCGGGAGGCGGCGGCGGCGGAGGAGAAGGAGCGGCGGCGGCGGCCCGAGAGCAGCAGCAGCCCCGAGUCGUCCUCCGGCCACACUGAGGACAAGGCCGGCGGCCCCGGUGGCCAACGCACCCGCAAAAAGCGCUGCCCUUACACCAAGUACCAGAUCCGAGAGCUGGAGCGCGAGUUCUUCUUCAGCGUCUACAUCAACAAAGAGAAGCGGCUGCAACUGUCCCGCAUGCUCAACCUCACCGACCGUCAAGUCAAAAUCUGGUUCCAGAACAGAAGAAUGAAGGAAAAAAAGAUUAACAGAGACCGGUUACAGUACUACUCAGCUAACCCGCUUCUCUAAGGCUCCAGCCUGCCGGAAUUGGGAGGGGGCUUCAUACAUUUGAAAUUAUAUGCAGAUUUUGCCCUUGACAAGGUCAAGCCACAUAGUGACUUGGGAAAAAAAGGGGGGGGUGAUGUAGGAGAGAGGGAAGGCUUCCUUUGCAGAGGUAGCCCAAUGGGAAACGGCCUGAAACUCUCUUGGUUCAAAUCUCAAUGGUUAAGCUUCUUAUUAAUAAUUGGAUUCAAAGAGCUGUGAAUCAACAGAAUGAAUGGUUUGGGACCCCCUGGUGGUUCACUCUUAGAGCCUUCAAAAGCUUCGGGCUGGGUGUGGUCGCUGGGGAUUGGGCCCCCUGCCAAGCCGUUUGGAGGCCACCCCCUCAGGACCCCCUGCACGGAGCCUGCCCACCCUCCAGUCUCCUGAGUCAAGAGAUUGUGUGCUCUGCUCUCCCAGCCUAGAUCAGCUCGGGGAUGGGAGAAGGAGGAGAGAGGAGGAUUCCUAGAGAUCCAGAGUGGGGCUGCUUUCCAAAAGUAAUGUGAAAGACGGACUAGAAGGUGGCUGUGAAAUGGGAGAGAUCUGGGGGUCCUGGAGGAAAGAGAAAUCUAUCCAGGUGACACUAAUAUCCUUCCACCCCUCCUGGACACCCACUGGCCUGCCUGCAGGCCUGAGCACCUAGCCGCCACCUUCUGCAGCCCACCUUGGUGGUGAUGGGGUUUCACUCAAGCCCAGAGUUUGGUCCCAGAGCUGGCUAUUCCAGGGGGAGAAGACAUUGAAAAAUCAAGAGGCUGUGCUGGUUGCUGGCCCCUCAAGCUCUACAGGAAAUGCCUGUGGACUGCUACAGUUUGGCAAAGUCUCCACCACAUUAAGGAAGAUUUGGAUUCUGUGUGGGUCAGGCAGCGGAACAGCAGGCCUGGCCAGUGGGUCCUUGGCCUCAGCUACGAGGGGCUGAAGUCUCCCCACUCCCAGAUCCCUCGGUCCUACGCUGCACUCUGCUCUCAUUGACUCGGAACUGAGUUUGGAAGCUUCUGGCAAUCUCCUAAGAGCCGGAGAGUGAUUUGGAAUUAUUUUAAAAGAUAAAUAUUAUAUUAUAUAUAUAUAUUUCCCCCCGAAGGAACCAAAGCGAAUUUUAAGAUGCAAUGUAGAGGGGGAGGGGCGGGGAUAAUAAAAAUAUUUAAAGGCUCUAUCUGUUUACAGUGUUCCAAGGUUAAACUCGCUCACUGCUAAAAAAAAAAUAUUUGAAUGUAUGCUUCAUACAGGGAUGGUGUUCAAAAGACUUGUAAAUAAAGAAACCAUAACCUA